CCGGUCCGAGGGUGGGGGCGUGGGUGAUCGAUGGCCGGCGGCCCCGCCUUGUCUGAUUGUCUCUCCUCCUCCUCAUCAUCAUCAUGGAUCCAGCCUGUAACCAUGGAGAAAGAACCCCACAAAAAUCAUACGAGGAGAUAGAGAGGAGUCGUCUCGAGUCGAGAUCUAUUGUUGGCUACCAGGUUGGUUUUUCGGUGGGAGGCAGCGGUUCAAUACAAGCGGACAAGGACGCGUUCAUCACCACUUCGGAUAGGUUUGGUGGAUGGAUAGGUUGGUGAGGGGGCGGCCGCCAUAUCCCUCCUGAUCUGACCACCUGCAAUCUGCCGUCUUCCUCGUCACCUACCCGAUAAAGAGAUCAUCAUUCCCUCUUCUGUUUCCCCUCUUUCCGCCCGGGUUGCGAGAGAUCAGCCGAUCAGGGCGAGGGAGCUGAGUUAGCAGGGCUGCGACCAUGAAGGCGCUCAUUCUCGUGGGAGGCUUCGGCACUCGCCUACGGCCGCUGACUCUCAGCGUGCCAAAGCCACUCGUCGAUUUCGGCAACAAGCCCAUGAUCCUGCAUCAGAUCGAAGCUCUGAAAGAAGUUGGAGUUACAGAAGUUGUUCUGGCCAUCAAUUAUCAGCCUGAGGUCAUGCUUAACUUUCUCAAGGAUUUUGAGAGCAAGCUUGGUAUCAAGAUCACCUGCUCGCAGGAGACAGAGCCACUGGGAACCGCCGGCCCACUGGCCCUGGCACGCGAAAAGCUCGCGGACGGCUCCGGCGACCCUUUCUUCGUCCUCAACAGCGACGUGAUCAGCGAAUACCCGUUCGCCGAGCUCAUCCAGUUCCACAAGUCCCAUGGCGGCGAGGCCACGAUCAUGGUCACUAAGGUCGACGAGCCUUCCAAGUACGGCGUGGUGGUCAUGGAGGAGGAGACCGGCAAGGUGGAGCGCUUCGUGGAGAAGCCCAAGGUGUUCGUCGGCAACAAGAUCAACGCCGGCAUAUACCUGCUCAACCCGUCGGUGCUGGACCGCAUCGAGCUGAAGCCCACGUCCAUCGAGAAGGAGGUGUUCCCGCGCAUCGCCGCCGACAACGGCCUGUUCGCCAUGGUCCUACCGGGGUUCUGGAUGGACAUCGGGCAGCCGAGAGACUACAUCACCGGCCUGAGGCUGUACCUCGACUCCCUGAGGAAGAAGGCGCCCGCCAAGCUCGCGUCGGGCGCGCACGUCCUGGGCAACGUGCUUGUCCACGAGACCGCCGUCAUCGGCGAGGGCUGCCUGAUCGGGCCGGACGUCGCCGUCGGCCCCGGGUGCGUGGUGGAGGCCGGGGUGAGGCUGUCCCGGUGCACGGUGAUGCGCGGCGCCCGCGUCAAGAAGCACGCGUGCAUCUCCAGCAGCAUCAUCGGGUGGCACUCCACCGUUGGCAUGUGGGCGCGCGUCGAGAACAUGACCAUCCUCGGCGAGGACGUGCACGUCUGCGACGAGGUCUACAGCAACGGCGGCGUGGUGCUCCCGCACAAGGAGAUCAAGUCCAGCAUCCUCAAGCCCGAGAUUGUCAUGUGACUUAGGCGAGGAUUAAUCUGCGUCUUUUGUUACGUGAUGAUGAGAAAUUGGGUCCUAUGUGCUUGAUAUGUUUGUUGUUUGAUUUGUUCCUGAACUCUGAAACUGAAAGUGUAAUAUGUUAUGCCAAGUUAGUAUAUGUUUCAUCAGGCUAUAUGGUUAAAUGUGGUUAAGUGACUCUGAAGUUUCUCUCCUUGUUUGUAGAUAGGAGUCAGAUGAAUGAAAGCAAGACAGGAAAAAAAAACCUUUUUGUCUGA